AUAUGAAUAAUACCAGAGUUAUAAAUUUCUCUAAAAGAGGUGCACAAGUUGUAUCAACAUGUUUGAAAAAUGUUCGAUUGAGUCAUAAUUUAAAGAAGCUUAUUAAAGAAUACUCAAAAGCCGCUUCAACUGAGAAUGAGGAGGUUAUUCGUCCUGUUUUGAAAGAUAUUCAGUAUAGUUUUUCUGAUCCGAGUAAGCUUAAAGUAGUGAAUGUUUCCUGGGAUCUCAGUCCUGCGCAGAUGAUUGAGACAAUUACACGUAAAGAAGCAGUACACCCUGUUUCGAGUCUCGCCAGUGCCAAAUUCCGGUUCGAUCCAGACAACAGAAGAGUGUUCUCACUUGUGCACGAGGAUCUACCCAAUCUACCUCUUGCUUGUGUGCAUGUGGCUCUGACGUCAUCCGUUGCUGGAUCCCUGCAGCAGAUUGAAGAAGUGGAUGAAGAUAACGUUAAAUUUGAACUGAAUUCGAAUUACGACUUGAACAAAAUUCUAAAUGAUAAAUCAGCGUCAGUGUUGACAAAAUCAGCUGACGAAGCAUCUUGCGCUAUUUUCUACACCAUUACCAACCUCCAGCCUCAGUGGAAUUUAGCCCCAAUGGGCAAACAGCUUGUAUCCGGUGCCCUAGAUGAACUCAAAUCUACCCUUCCAUCAUUGCACACUUUUUCCACGCUGUCUCCUGUUCCUGGUUUUGCACAGUGGCUGAAAGAAGAGUUCAAAUCAGUCAACAAUUCAUCAAGCCAAUCAUCACCCCUCUUUGACCUCAAUUUGGAGGCUGCUGACUUAGAAGACAUGGCAUUGGUUUUCGAUCCUUCUCUUUCAUUCUGGAGACACAUCACUGUUUUGAAGACAUUUCAAACCCAAUUCAACCAAAUCAUCUUGUACUAUUUGACCCAAAUGAAGAGUAGCAAGGAUCCUCUGAGAGCCAAAAAUGCUGUCACGCAUUUCCACAUGAGUUGUGGGGCAUCCCUCUACAAUGUUUUCUGCCCUUUUGCUACGAGAAGACUGGGCUAUACGCCGCUGGUUUCUGAAAGAAUGUGGGAUUAUUCGUUGGGAUAUAUGGCUAAUUAUAGAUACGAACAUGAAAAAGUAACAGAAAACUCGAAGAGUUAUACGAAUACUGGACAUGUUAGUGUAUUUCUUAAAAACAGUGCAUAAUAUAAAUGGGAGUGCCGUCCGUAUUUAGACAACCGGGUAUUCAUA